AUGGACGUCGCCUACAAUCAACACUCUUCCUUCAGGCGCAAGUCCCGAUCCUCGGGUAACCUCACCCACCUCUCCCUCGCGCCUCUAACCUCCAAACUCCCUAUUCACGAUGCCCACGAUAUCCUCGACGACAACGAUCUCACCACCCCAACCUCCGCUCCCCCAACAGUAACCUCCUACUCCUACCUCCAAGGCAAAUCCGCCCCUACCACCCCCCGUCUCCUCUCCCGCUCCCCGGGUCCCAACAACCGCUCCGCCUCUGUCUCCGGCGCCCGCAAGUCCCGAUCCUCAGUCUCCCUCGCAAAAUCGAAAUCCUCCUCCCACCUCCCCCACAACCAGUCCCGUGCCUCCCAUCGCCAAAGCUCAACCUCCCUCCACACUUCCCCCACCACCCCACGCCACCGCUCCUCCCACCACCCAAACCAGCUGAGACAAACCGACCGCUCCGACUCGGACUGGCUCCUCCGCUGCGGCUCCAUCAUCUCCCUCGAAACCCGGGAAUCCAAAGGCCAAGCCUGGCUCUCCACCCGCGCCUCGUCCACAUCCUUGGCUGGUCACUCUCCUCAAGACGCCGAAGACGAAGCCUUUGAGCGGGAACUCGCAAGGGAAAGAGAAGAGCUGGUUUAUGGCUCUCGGCACACCCCCCGUCACCUAUCCCGUCACGCCUCUAGGAGAAGCAGUGUCCAUCUUGACGGCAACGAUGAUAACAUCUCCUCCCCGGCCUACAGCCGCUUUAGGAGCAGAUCUCACUCCCGGGUUGGGUCUAUGACGCCAGGCGGGAGCAGCCAUAGGAUGACAACCUUUGUGGAGGAUUACUUCAACUCUAAUGGGUCGGGGUCAACUCCUGUGGCGGAGAACCCUGACGACGAGAUUGCCGGUCCGGAUUUUGUCAAUUUUGACGAGGAGCUAGAAAAUUACACUGUGGAUGACGCUGAGUUUGUCACGGGUGAUGGGGCAGAAGAUGAGGCGUACGUGAGGAAGCUGGUGAAGGGGACUGGGAACGGGGGUGUAGGGUCUUGGUUUGGCCAUGUGCUCGGUGUGAAGCUUUUUGCCGUUGAGGAGGACGAUGAGGAGGAGUCGGAGGAUGAUUAUGAUGGGGAGACGACGGAUGGGGAGGGAUCAGGGCAUGAGAUGGAGAGGAGGGUGUCAUGCUUGAGGAGGCUGGAGGGGCAGAAUAUGAAGACGAUGGUGGAUGAGAGUAUCCCGCCGCCGAAGGAGAAUGAGGGUGGCUGGCAUGAUGCUGCUUGGUUGUUGACCGUUGCUUCGAAGGUAUUGCUUUGA